AAAAAAAAAAAAAAAAUCGUCUAAUUCUUCUUCUCCCUUUCUACGCCAGGAAGCACACAGUGUCACUGCCGCUGUCCAGUUUUUUGUGUCAAUCCCACAUGCUUUUCAAUGUUAAAAAAUACCCCAAUCUUUUCUUUUCAAGAAUCUUCAGCAAUUUUUGUGACUACUUAUUGAUGUGCACUCCAUAGAAACACACCAAUUUUAACCUUUUUUUUUUCCUGCUCUGGGUGUGCCUAAGCUUUUGCGGGAAUUAAGUUUAUAUAUCCGCCCCUGAAUUCCGACGACUAAGUUUAUAUACAUAGCCUACUCUACACAAUGUGAAUAUACAAAACUUUUCUCGCAUGGAAUUAAGAACGCUGCACAGGAAUAUGAGAUUGUUUUCGACGUUGUCUAGGAGUUUCACGGUGAGGAGGCAGAGCCCGGUGCUGGUCCCUACGGCGAGGGCAACGCCGCGGGAAACAAACCCGUUGUCCGAUGUCGAUGACCAGCAAGGUCUAUGCUCACACAUCUCCCAUUUACAUUUUUAUAAAGGAAGGAACUGGCGCAAUAACAAUGAAUUCAUGAGAAAAUCAGGAGACGACGACCCUGUGAAGGUGAUCAAAGACCCUGUGAAGGUGAUCAAAGCGGCUCUGGCAAAGACUUUAGAGCCCUACUACCCUUUUGCAGGGAGGCUGAAGGAAGUGCAGGGGAAGAAGCUCGCGGUGGAAUGCACGGGAGAAGGCGUGUUGUUUGUCGAGGCUGAUGCCGAUUUCACGUUGGAAGACUUCGGGGAAGGGAUCCAUCCUCCAUUUCCGGGUUGGCAGGAGCUGGUGUUUAAUGUUCCAGGCUCCAAUGCAAUUCUCCAUUCUCCUUUACUUCUUAUACAGGUGACCCGUCUCCAAUGUGGCGGAUUUAUAUUUCCGAUUCGCUUCAACCAUAUCAUGGCUGAUGGCAUUGGCCUCGCCCAUUUCAAAAUUGCCCUCGCGGAGAUCGCCAGAGGAUCCUCUGCCCCUUCAGUCCCUCCGGUGUGGAUGAGGGAGCUUCUCAUAGCUCAAGACCCUCCAAGAAUAACCUCUUCCGUGCGUCACGAAAAUGAUGUUUUACAAAGCAUAAUAAGAACUCAACUUUCCCCUGAGGAAGAUUUUGUCCAUAAAUCCUUCUUCUUUGGCAAAAGCGAAAUCGCUGCCCUCCGAGAUUCCCUUCGGCCUCACCUUCGAAGCAAAUGCUCCAACUUUGUGCUCCUCACUGCCUGCCACUGGCGGUGUCGCAUAUUAGCCCUCCAACCUGAUCCCGAAGAAGAUGUUAGCGUCUGUUACACUGUAAAUGCGCGUUCACGAUUAGAUCCGCCCUUACCACUCGGAUAUUACGGAAACGCCUUUGCCAUCUCAGGGGCGCAAACAAAGGCAGGGGAGCUGAUGAAAAACCCAUUUGAGUACGCGGUGGAGCUGGUGAUGAAGUCCACCGCGAGGAUAAAGGAGAAGCGUUUCAAGUCGGCAACAGACAUAUUGUCGCCUCAUGGGAAGGUACCGAUCAUCUCGUUGGCAUCAGCGUACAUGGUGUCGGACUUGACAAGGCUUGGUUUCGACGAGGUGGAUUUCGGGUGGGGAAAACCGGUUUACGCUGGACCAGCUGCGGAGCCAAUUCCAGGAGUGAGCACUUUUCACAUUUCGGCAACGAAUAAACAAGGAGAUCGAGGAAUCGUCGUCCCGAUGAGCUUGCCGGGAUUUGUCAUGGAAAGGUUGACUCAAGAGAUAAAUCAGAUGGUGAUGAGCGUCAAGGAGGAUUGAUAAACCAAGUUACUGAAAGUAAAAUUAAUGGGAAUAUUAAUGGAAAUUUAUCGCUGACAGUGAAUUUCGCAUCCGCAAGGCAUCUUACCGAGCUCUUGUAUGUUCUCCUUUUGCCAAAUGAAAAAGAAUUGGGGAGCAGUCGGUGUCAGACCAGUGGGAAAGAAAUCGAGUUUAGCCGUAUCGAAAAUAAUCCACCGAUUAGUUUUCUUCUUGGAAGCUACAAGAAAAAAAAAAAAAAGCUAGUGAAUGGGGCAGCAAUGCUUUAACCACAAAACAAUCCUUCAACGAACUUGGAGUCAAGAAGAAUGUGGAAAGUUUCAUUUUAUCAACUCCACAGCCUCAACUUCAAGUUACAAAUUACGUUUUUGAAUUGAUCACUUCCACCGACUUCAUUCUCCGGAAUUAGUUGGAAAGCUUUAGAACUUGUAUCACCGACAUAAGAAGUAUUUUUUAGUUAAUAAAUUAAUUAAUACUAACCGACCUAGAUUAGUAUAAAUAGGGUAGUAUGAUGCUCAUUUGUAUUAAGGCAAGUUUUCUCCUCCUUAAGCC